UUUUUGAGGUUUCUUUCUCAUGUUUAAAUCUUUGAUCUAUCAAGAAUUUACUUUGUCAUAACUAUGUUUUCAGUCUACAAGUUUUACUUGUUGAAGUCAAAUCUAUAGAUCCUUUAUGAUUUCUGGCUUGGGUGUCAUAUGGUUUGUUUUCUUAGGAUCACAUUUCUAGGGAGCAGUGUGGAGAGUGGGCUGGAGAAGGACACACCCUGCGGCAGGCAAGAGCUCAUGAGAACCAGAUCUGAAGAAAUCUCUGAGAGGAAGAGGAAGGACCAUCAUUUUUUCACUUUACUGCAGUUCAGUCAACAUUUAUUGAGAACCGACUAUGUGCCAGACACCGUGUCAAGUGCUGGGGGCACAAAGGUUUACCUUCUAGAGGCUGGCAAUGCUCUCUCGCUGGAGGAAACAGCCGUGGAGGGUGUCCACCAGCCUGCCAAGAUGAAAUGCCUUGAAGGCCCAUGCUUAACAGACCAAGGACCAGGCAAGCAUUGUGGCCCCCUGACUCCUGAGGAGGAGCUGGUGCCUGCCUCCCAAUUGGAGGAGGAAGAAGAGGUAGAGGAAGAAGAGGAAGAGGAGGAUCUUGAUCCAGAUCGGGCCCCAGACCUGGAGGAGGAAGAGAAUGAUCUCAGGGAUCCAGCUGUGCUCAGUGCUGUCCAUAACACCCAGCGAGGAUUUCAUGGCUCCUCUAGAAUCAAGGCCCCUGGAGUGCUGGGGAAGUCGUCCACCUCCUUGCAUUUUCUGUGGCAGCCUAAUGCCAGCUCUCCACUGAGGCCCUUUGGACUUCGACUGCCCUCAUCAGACCCAUCUCUCUUCUACAGCCCACCGACCUCAUGGUCCCCUGCGUUCAGUCUUCCUAGUCAUCUGACCCAGCUCCAUCCUUGGCACCAACGGAUCUUGCAGCAGCAGCAGUGUGAUCAGAAGCCGAGUCCCCCAGCCAAGAAGCCUUGGUCUCAGCAGCCAGACCCCUAUGCUAACCUCAUGACCCGAAAAGAGAAGGAGUGGGUGAUAAAAGUGCAAAUGGUUCAGCUGCAGAGUGAGAUCCCUCACUUGGAUGACUAUUACUAUCAGGAACAUUAUCAGAAAUUAGAGAAACAGGCAGAUGAAGAGCUACUUGGGCAAAGGAGCUGGGUUGAAUCUCUCAAGCUGGUAACUCCUUACAUUCAGAAGGCAGAGGCUUACGAGUCAGUGGUUCGAAUUGAGGGUUCCCUGGGCCAGGUAGCCGUAUCGACAUGUUUUAGCCCUCGCCGAGCUAUAGAUGCUGUGCCCCAUGGAACUCAAGAGCAGGAUACAGGGGCUGCAAACAGUCAGAGGCUUUGGGUAUUAUAUCGGAUUGAGAAGAUGUUCCUUCAGUUACUAGAGAUAGAGAAGGGCCAGAAAGAUGGGUUUGCAAAGCCCUCAUCCUCUGAGCAGCAGAGUAUCCAGGUUGAGAAGCUCUUCCAAACCUUGAUGACCCAGGAACAAAAUAACCUGGAGGAGGCGGCAGAUGGCUUCCUGCAGGUACUCUCUGUGAGGAAGGGGAAAGCCCUGGUGGCCCGGCUUCUCCCCUUCCUGCCACGUGAUCGGACUGUUAGCCUUCUUCUGGCUAUCACCCACCAUCUUCCUUUCCUGGUCCAGAGGGAUGUGGCUGAUCAGGCCUUACAAAUAUUAUUCAAACCUCUGGGCAAAUUCAUCAGUCACUUGACCUUCCAUGAACUCCUGCAAGGACUUCAAGGACUAACGCUACCACCUGCCUCAGAGAAGCCGGUCACUGUGGUGCUUCAGAAUCAGUUCGGAAUAUCUUUGCUCUAUGCCCUGCUGAGUCAUGGGGAGCAGCUCCUAUCUUUGGAUUCUUCCCUAGAGAAACCCAACAGUGACCAUACAGCUUGGACAAACAUGGUUGUUUUGAUUGCUUGGGAGAUAGCCCAGAUGCCUACAGCCUCUCUGGCAGAACCCCUAACCUUCCCCAGCAACCUUCUUCCCCUGUUCUGCCGCCACGUGGACAAACAAUUGGUACAGCAGCUGGAAGCCAGGAUGGAGUUAAGCGAUGGCAGAAACAAGAUUACAGCCCCUUGUUCAAGCCUAAUCUAGACUUGCCUGGACCUACUGAUCUGGCUGUUCUGGAACACACAUACGUGGAAAAAGUUUAAUUAUCAAACACUAGCCGUAUGAGCUAUAUCUACAGGGAUCCAGGAAAAGAACCUCAAGACAUUUCUUAUGCCUUGAUAUAUUGGAGGACCCUGCCCAAAACAUUUUUAUGUUUCUUCAAAAACUGAAUGAUGUGCCUAAAAACGAGGCAUGGUGAAAAAAAGGUAUAAUUAAAGAGAUAAUAGUAUAAUUAAAGAGAUAGUAGAAUGAUGUGUUGAAACUUGCUUGUAAAGAGCUGUACUGAAGACCAUCUGCUUCGGUGUGAUGAAUGUACUUAUGAAUGCUCCAAGUAUUUAGUAUAAAGGGGACAAGGCCCUGUUAAAUGUAACAAAGGCAUGACCUUGAAAAUUGUUUCAAUGUUGCCAUUCCUUUUAUAAAGAGA